AUGAACAGUGGAAUUGAGACGCGUGCCUCUUCAAUGGAUUUUGAGACUGGGUUCGGCUGCCAAGCCGAGGUCCCAACCAUUGAUCAGCUUGAUGCGCGAUUCCGCCAAGUUGGUGUUGAUUUGACCGUACAGGCCUGCCGAAAAGCUUUGCGUGACUGGGGCGGCAACGCAGAAGACAUCACGCACGUUAUAGGAGUCACAGUCGGCUGCCUCAGCCUGCCUGGAUACGAUUAUCUAGUGGCCCGCAGGCUCGGGUUGGGUUAUCAUGUUGAGAAUAUGUUCCUGAAUGGUGUCGGCUGCGCAGGUAGUGUAGCCUUGAUGCGUGUGGCCGCUAACAUCAGCAUGGCUGCGGCAGCCCGAAAGAGGCCCGCUCGUGUUCUCUGUUUUGCAUCCGAGAUCUGCACCAUGUAUAUGAGGCAUCAAUACGCUGAAGCCGAGGCGUCGUCUGACAUCGAGAAUAUGGACAUCGCAGGUGCCAUCUUCGGCGACGCGGCAUCCGCCUUUGUUUUAUGUAACGAGUACGGGUUGGAUGAUCCUGAUCAGGCCAAGUUUCAGCUACUCGAAUGGGAGCGCAUGACCGUACCAGACACCAUACACCACAUGGGCGCAAUGGUGAAAACAACCGGCUUCACGAGCAUCAUCUCUAAACAAGUACCGGACCUCGCCAAGAAGGCGGUGCGGCCUCUGUGGAAUAGACUGUUACCUUCAUAUCGUGAAAAAGUUGGUCUUCCUACACUCGAGAUCUCCGACUUCGACUGGGCUCUGCAUCCUGGCGGAGAAGCGGUCAUCAACAACGUCAAGGACAGCAUGGCUUUGACAGAAAAACAGCUUCGGGCUACUCGACAAAUUUACAGAACCAGAGGAAAUACUGGAAGCCCCACGGCGAUCUGUGUGCUUGACUUGCUAAGGAAUAUGGGGACUGGAAGUGAGCAUGUAGUUGCAACCAGUUUUGGACCAGGUCUGGCCAGUGAGAUGGCUUUUCUGAGGCGCUGCCGAACCGACUAG